CUUGUUCAAAUUGCUUGUCCAUCGCACGAGGGACUAAGGAUAAACAGGAGUAGGUCGGAGCUGUUUAUUAUUUCAGCAAAAACGUGCAGAUUGAGAUAGAUUUGAGCUCAGGGAGAGAUUUCUUCUGUGUGGACUUUUGAGUCACAGACCACAGCUGCAUACUUGGAAAGUCACAUUCUGUAAAGUUCCUGCGGUGGUGGAAAGGAUACAGUGUUUCCCCGCUGAUGCCACCUGCCAAGCCGCGGAGAGGAAAUGAGAGUUUGCUGCAACUUCUGAUGUUGACCAGGGUGACCUGUUCUUCACAGACAGUCCAUAGCUGAUCAGCUUCCCUGGAUUUCGCUGACCAUCCCACUUUGUUUUGCUUGAAGAUGGAAACACUGGAGUCGGAGCUGACCUGCCCAAUCUGUCUGGAGCUUUUCGAGGACCCGCUGCUGUUGCCCUGCGCUCACAGUCUUUGUUUCAACUGCGCCCACCGAAUCCUGGUCUCUCACUGCACCCCCAGCGAGCCAAUUCAGUCCAUCAGCGCCUUUCAGUGCCCCACCUGUCGCUAUGUCAUCACUCUCAACCAGAGGGGCUUAGAGGGACUCAAACGCAACGUUACCCUGCAGAACAUCAUCGACCGCUAUCAGAAAGCUUCUUUAAGCGGACCCAACUCUCCUAACGAGACCCGGCGUGAGCGAGCCGUCCCUGACAGCACAGCCAUGACAUCUCCCUGUGACCGGGUCCAGUGUCAGUUCUGUGAGCAGGACCCUCCGCAGGAUGCUGUAAAGACUUGUGUCACCUGCGAGGUGUCAUACUGCGAGGAGUGUCUCAAGGCCACCCAUCCCAACAAGAAGCCCUUCACGGGCCACCGUCUAAUCGAGCCCUUGCUCGACUCCCAUCUGCGAGGGCUUAUGUGUCUGGAGCAUGGGGAUGAGAAGAUCAACAUGUACUGUGUGACAGAUGAACAGCUGAUCUGUGCAUUGUGUAAGCUAGUUGGCCGACACAGAGACCACCAAGUAGCAGCCCUCAGUGACCGAUAUGACAAACUCAAGACGUCUCCUGGCCGCUUUCUCUGUGUGGGGCGCGAUCAUUCGUACCAGGAGGCAGAGCAGCAAGCCUUGGAUUCCAACCUCAGCAGUCUAAUCAAGAGGACCAGUGAGUUGGAAAGUCUGAUGGGCAAACUUAUCCAAACCUGCCAACAUGUGGAGGUAAAUGCAUCGCAACAAGAAAACAAGCUGCAGGAAGAGUGUGACCUGCUGAUUAAUAUCAUACAGCAGCGAAGACAAAUCAUAGCUACCAAGAUAAAGGAGGGGAAGUCUGUGAGGCUGAGGAAGCUAGCCCAGCAGAUAGCCAGCUGCAAGCAGUGCAUUGAGAGGUCCUCCUCACUCAUCACUCACGCUGACCAAACCCUCAAGGAGACAGACCACGCUCGCUUUCUUCAGACGGCUAAAGGUAUCUGUGAGAGGGUGUCUAUGGCAACAGCAUCCUCCCAAAUCCUGUUACCAGAAAUUAACCUGAACGACACAUUUGAUACUUUUGCUUUGGACUUCACAAGGGAGAAGAAAAUGCUAGAAAGCUUAGAUUACCUCACGGCGCCAAAUCCACCAGUAAUCCGUGAGGAACUCUGUACAGCUUCGUAUGACACAAUCACAGUUCAUUGGACAUCAGAUGAUGAAUUCUCUGUUGUAUCAUAUGAGCUACAGUAUGCCAUCUUCACCAGCCAAUCUAAUGUUGUCAGUUUGUGUAAAUCUGCUGAUAGCUGGAUGAUAGUACCAAACAUCAAGCAAAAUCACUACACGGUGCAUGGACUGCAGUCUGGCACCAAGUACAUUUUCAUAGUGAAGGCCAUAAACCAGGCUGGAACCCGCAGCAGUGAACCAGGGAGACUCAAGACCAACAGUCAGCCAUUCAAAUUGGACCCAAAGUCUGCUCACCGGAAGCUGAGGAUGUCCCCUGACAACCUGACAGUAGAGAGGGAUGAGACAUCGUCCAAGAAGAGCCAUAGUCAGGACCGUUUCUCCAGUCACAGCAGCUACGGUGUCACAGGAAAUGUCUACAUUGACAGUGGCCGCCAUUACUGGGAGGCUCUGAUAGGAGGAAGCAUGUGGUUUGCAGUAGGCAUUGCUUACAAGUCGGCACCAAAACAGGAGUGGGUUGGCAAAAACUCCUCCUCCUGGGUAAUGUCUCGCUGCAACAACUCAUGGGUGGUGCGUCACAACAGUAAGGAGAUUCCCAUUGAGCCUUCGCCCCACCUGCGGCGUCUCGGGGUGUUGUUGGACUAUGAUUCCGGAUCUCUGUCUUUCUAUGAUUCCGUUGCCUCUCAGCACUUGUAUACGUUUGACAUUGACUUUGCUCAGCCAGUCUGCCCUGUGUUCAAUGUGUGGAAUAGAUGCCUAACAGUCCUGAGUGGACUGCCUAUCCCCGAUCACUUAGAGGGGUUAGACUACAACAACUGAUAAACCUGCCAUGUCUUCCUGGAUUUUCUUUUUGUAUCCAAAAAGAGACUUGAUAGUGUGCACCUUUGGAGGGGGAAAAAAUGAUUAAAAAAAAAAGCAGCAUUGGUGUGGAUUUCUAAAACUAGUUGGAGCUAUUUAAUAAAUGUAUUUCUUUGCUUUGCACAUUUAUGUACAUUUCUCUUCUGGAGGUUUUCAAGGGUUUGGUGACAAUUCCAAAUUACAAGAGAUAUUACAAGCUGGCUCCACAUUUUUUUCUACAUUCAUAUUGCACAAUUUUCUAUUCAUAUACUAUUAUAGAAAAUGGCAAAUUGUUAAGGACAUCUAUUGAGGGGACUCUUUGGCUCACAUGUUUCUGGAAAGCUGAUUUAUAGGCUGUUUGAAAUGUAACGUUUUUUUAACUUUUUUAAGUCAUAGCACUUUGACAAAGUUGCCACUAUAUUAUAAAUGUUUACUUGUCAAUGUUUGUAAGGAAAAAAAAACACUUGAAUGCAAGAUCCAAGAAUAAUAGUUAAGAACGGUUUCACUUUUUUAAAAUUCUAAUAAGAAAUAAGCCAAUUCAGGUUUUUUUUAAUGUAUUUAUUUCUGAAAAUGCGCUAGUACAGUUUAGCAUCUCGGGAAUAUUCAUCUCCUCAUUAUAACAAUUUUAAAUCAAAUCUUCAUUGCAGUUUUCACAUUUCUAUUUUUUUUUUUGACAAAAUCUAAUAAAAGUGACUACUUGUGUGACUAUCCUCCUUGUGUCAUGAAUAAUGUAAUUCACAAAUAUGUCACCAAAGCAGAUUUGGAUAGGAUGGUAAUUUAACGCAGUGUAUGCUCAUUUAUUUUAUACUUUUCAUUUAACAUUGGAAUACUUGUUUUGGAAUGCUUCUUUUUAUGAAAUGAUGACGUCCCCAUCACAAAGAAAAGUUUCAAUGUUGCUUUUCAGGACUCACUCUGACCUGCGCCGAGCCAAACACACAAUUUUUGACAAGAUUUGCCCUGACAUUUCGUUUUGUACUGGAGUAGCGUGGCUUGAAUUCUGCAGCGUCUCCUUUCAACAAAGUAGACAAGAGCAAAAAGAAAAAAAAAAAAAAAAUCUGAACUCUCCAUGACCUUCCCAUGAGACACCCUGCAGACAAAGCUGUAAUAAGUGAGCACUACCCCCCUGUAAUACCACCAGAGCUUGAUUUUGUGAUGUGUUCAGUUUUGCAUGGAA